GCCACUUUUGGCCACAACGGUAGCCUGAAUAGCAGCACGGUUCUGGACCCAGCCAAGAGCACCACGUCCACGGUCAUUGCCAUCGCCAUCACAGCCCUCUACUCGGUGGUGUGUGUAGUCGGCCUCAUUGGCAAUUUCUUGGUCAUGUACGGGAUUGUCAGAUACACGAAAAUGAAGACAGCCACAAACAUUUAUAUCUUCAACCUUGCCCUGGCAGAUGCACUAGCCACGAGCACACUGCCAUUCCAGAGCACCAAAUAUUUGAUGGAUACGUGGCCUUUCGGUGAGCUGUUGUGCAAAACAGUCCUAUCAAUUGACUACUACAAUAUGUUCACCAGCAUCUUCACCCUCACCAUGAUGAGCGUCGAUCGUUACAUCGCUGUCUGCCAUCCUGUUAAGGCACUAGAUUUCCGCACUCCCAUGAAUGCAAAGAUCGUCAAUGUCUGCGUGUGGCUUCUGUCAUCUGCCAUAGGGGUCCCAGUAAUGGUCAUGGCUGUCACCAAGCCCAACAAAAAAGGUAAUGUGAUGUGUACCAUACAAUUUCCAGCCCCCACUUGGUACUGGGACAACGUAACCAAAAUCUGUGUCUUUAUAUGUGCCUUUGUCAUACCAGUCUUGGUCAUUACCAUCUGCUACGGCCUGAUGAUUCUGCGCCUGAAAAGCGUCCGACUCCUUUCAGGCUCUAAAGAGAAGGAUAGGAAUCUGCGGAGGAUCACACGGAUGGUCCUGGUGGUGGUGGCCAUCUUCAUCAUCUGCUGGACACCCAUCCACAUCUUCGUCAUUGUCAAGACCCUAGUGGAGAUCCACCCCAGCCCAUUGGUGACCGCCAGCUGGCAUUUCUGCAUUGCCUUGGGCUACACCAACAGCUGCCUGAAUCCUGUGCUCUACGCCUUCCUGGAUGAGAAUUUCAAGCGCUGUUUCCGAGAGUUCUGCCUGCCUCUGCGCGCCAGGCUGGAGCAGAACAGCUUCACCCGGGCCAGGAGGUCCACCAGGGAAUCAGUCUGUGCCUGCACCCCCUCCGAGAUGGUCAACAAGUCCGUAUGA